AUGGUUCGAAUCCGCGAGUUCGCCGUGGAGCGUUGGAUGGAUCUCUACGAAAACGACGCAAAGCACAACCUCGCCGAAACAUGCUGUGCCUCAAUCUCCCUAAGUGAUCUACUCUCCUUUUCGAGCAAGAAGGAUCUGGUAGACUAUAGCCAGAAGCAGGUCUAUGGCGCGAUCCGGGGCUCAGAGGCACUGAGAACCAACAUCGCAAAUCUAUAUUCCCAAUCUGUCUCUGCAGAUGGUGUUCUUGUGACGAACGGCGCUAUCCAAGCGAACUUCCUGGCGCUCUAUACGAAUGUCGGCCCUGGGGAUCAUGUCAUUUGCCAGUAUCCGACGUAUCAGCAGUUAUACUCUGUGCCCGAGUCUUUUGGUGCAGAGGUCAGUCUGUGGAAGUCGAAUGAGGAGAACGAAUGGGCAUUGGACUUGAAGGAGUUGAAGGCUUUGAUUCGGCCAAGUACGAAGGUGAUUGUUUUGAACAACCCCCAGAACCCCACUGGAGCUGUCCUUCGCCGCGAAGAGUUGCAAGCAAUUGUUGAUGUUGCACGUGAGCAUGACAUCCUCAUUCAUUCUGAUGAGGUGUAUCGACCUCUUUUCCAUUCUCUCAAGGGCGAGGAGAUUCCACCGUCUAUCCUAAAGUUCGGAUAUGACAAGGUGAUUUCUACCGGUUCCAUGUCGAAGGCAUUCAGCUUGGCUGGUAUCAGACUAGGCUGGAUUGCGUCCCCAAAUCCCGAAAUCGUUGAAGCGUGUGCAUCUGCCCGUGAUUAUACGCUUAUAUCAGUUGGCCAGAUUGAUGAUGGUGUAGCUGCACAUGCCUUGUCUAGUCCGUGUGUGGAGAAUUUGCUGCAGCGCAACUUUCAACUAGCCAGGCAAAAUCUUGAUAUACUCGAGACGUUUGUGACUGAAUUCAACUGGGCUGUGAAAUGGACCAGACCUCAGGCCGGAACAACUGCGUUUAUCAAAUUUGUUGACAGGAAAGGACAAGCUAUCGAUGAUGUUGUCUUUUGUCAAAAGUUGCUAGAGAAAACUGGCGUGAUGCUGGUACCGGGAAGCCAGUGUUUUGGAGAUGGUGCUGACUUCCGUGGCUUCGUCCGAGUGGGCUAUGUUCCUGAACAUGAGGUGAUGGUCGAUGGCCUGCAAGAAUUGAGGAAGUUUAUGCGUGAGGAGUAUGAGAAAUUGCUAUUGCUGCAGUGA